UUCGAUCCAACUUCAAAACAGAAAACAAAUAAGGAUAAUUCGAAAAAGAUCAAAAAGAAGAAAAAAAACAGUGACACGUGACUCUACGGAAUAAAGGAUUUCAUUUAUUAAUUAUGUACGGUAACGAUUUCAGCUUGAACAGAAAAUUGUCAAUAGACAGACCGUAAGAAGAGUAAGCCCCACAGGAGAUUAAUUCAAGUCUUACUAGUUGUGAAUAUGGCUUGGCAAGGUGGUGGUGGUGAACCACCUUAUGGGUUUUAUCCAAACCAACAGUAUUAUGGAGGCCAGGGUGGCCAGGGAAACCCUCAGCCCGGGUUCAAUCCCAAUUAUCCACCAAAUUCAGGUUAUCCACCACAAGGAGGCUAUCCACCACAAGGCGGUUAUCCUCCAGGUGGCUACCCACAAGGCAGUUAUCCUCCAGGUGGCUACCCACAAAGCGGAUAUGUAGGCGGUGGCAGUGGAUAUCCUCCAAGCGGUGGCUACGGUGGUGAUGAAGAAGCCAAAGGUUUUGAAUUCAACGACGCAAGCAUACGACGCGGAUUCAUAAGAAAAGUUUACGCAAUUCUAAUGGUUCAAUUAAGCGUGUCUCUAGCGUUCAUUUGUCUCUGCGUCUUUCAUACUGGUACGAAAAAUUUCCUGCGUGGUCAUCGUGAGCUAUUCUGGGUUGCUCUGGCCGUGCUCUUCGUGACAAUGAUUGCAAUGGCCUGCUGUGAAAGUGUACGAAGAACACCACCAACGAAUUUCAUAUUUUUGGGACUGUUUACUUUAGCUCAAUCAUUCAUGUUGGGCACGCUGACCUCAGCUGUUCCCCCAGAUACAGUGAUGUUGGCCGUUGGCGCAACAGCACUCGUGUGCCUGGCUUUAACCAUAUUUGCGUUGCAAACCAAGUUUGAUUUCACCGUAUUGAAUGGUUUCCUAUUCGUUGCUUUGAUUUUGUUCAUGCUUUUCGGAAUAGUCGCCAUGUUUUGGCAUGGUCGCAUAAUUCAUCUUGUUUAUGCGUCCAUUGGAGCACUUCUGUUCAGUGUCUACUUGAUUUACGACACACAAUUGAUGAUGGGAGGCAAUCACAAAUUGUCCAUUAGUCCGGAGGAAUAUAUCUUUGCUGCACUCAAUUUGUACAUGGACAUAGUGAAUAUUUUCAUCUAUAUUCUAACCAUUAUCACAGCGGCACGGGACGAUUAAUUCUAUUUGUUUCGCUUACCGUGAUCAACAAUGGUUUUAACUGUCAUCCAAGCGACUCUUUUUGAUUUCGUGAACCUCACAUUAUGUGAUUUGCAAAACAAUGGUUAAACAAGAAUCUUUAUUUCAUAAAAGACAUUCGACGUUAGUAAUUACUAAUUACUUUUUGUGGAUUAGUUUAAAAAUCAUUCUUAUUAUCCCAAACAUUGGAAAAGAAAAAAACAAAAUCAAAAUAUAUUUACACAAACCAAAAGCAUCAUACAAAAACUAUUAUUCUAUGUUGUCACUUUCUAAGUUUAUCAAACGUUAAAAUUUAAAAAUAUAUUAUUAUAUCUACAUUUACGAAGAAACGCAAUUUUAUGCAACGACUGUAAACAGCCGUCGAAUAUAUUUCGGAAAAUGUUUAAUGCAAUGAAGAAAACAAUCGAAUGUCCAAAUUCGGAGAACGAGGAAUAAAAGCAACUAAUAAUAAAAUCUAAGACACUAACAAUUCAUUGUCAUUUUAUGUCUACUUAAUCCGAAAGCAUUUUUUCCACUUAUAUUGUAUAAUCUACACGAAUGGUUAGCCUUACGAGAAAAAAACAUUUAAAGAUAUUUAAAACAAAAAAAAAAUCUAUUAAUAAAAGAAUUUAAAAUAAAAACUCUAAAACCGA